UCUGAACGAGGAUGUUCAUGUUGAACUAAUUGUAUCGCUUAGAGAACUACAAUGGCCUACCAUGCGGAGGAUAAUGUGGGACUCAUGCCUAGUGUUUACCGUUAUGUCUCGCUUUGUAACUGCAAGUAGUCAUGUCAGUAUUAGGAGUUUACCUGUUGUUAUUCGCGCUAUUCUACAGGGACGGGAUGAGAUUGACCGCAAGCAGUUUGUCUGCCGCGGGCCAGAUGGCACAGCGCGAUGACGGCGAUAUUGUAAACUUUAUUGUUAAGGGCGCAGCAGACCAUCAAGUGGUUCAACAAAUUCAGCAUCAGGACCAGACAGCAUCAGUCUACUCGUCAGGCUCUGAAUUCCCUCUGAAGGUCCAGGUCAAUGACAUGUCAACCCGCCACGUCCUGAGCCUAGCCACAGUGGAGGUGUAUGUGAACUACACCAGGACCAACUCUGCUCUCACCACUGAGGAUGGUAGAGUUUUUCUUUAUGUGCCCUACCAACUGGGGUUACCCCUCACCAUCGUGGCUAGCAUGGAUAGUUACCUGCUCACCCUGCUGCCCUGGAAAACCACCAGGAUGCCAAUAUUUUCAGCUGUGACCAUGUCCCUGUUGUCCAUAAACCAAGGCAACAUCUGGUGGUUUGACGAUUCAGUUCUGAUAACUGGCAAAACAUCUGAUGCCUUGUCUCAGCCCAGGGUCCAGUUCCCUAAGAGUCUCCUGAACCUGACAGACAGAAGAAGCCUCUCCUCUUUCAGAGCUUACCUAACAACGCCUCAGCCUCCCGUUGGGAAAGACUGCUACGCCUACACCGCUGGCCUUCUCAUCAACCAGUCAGGAUACAGCAGCAUUGAGUUGAGCCCCAUAGCAGCUGUCAGUGCUCAACUCUUGUCCAAUGGCAGAGAGAUCCAGGUGACCGGGCCAGUGCAGAUCACUCUACCCCUGGGGGACAGCUCUGGACUGCAGGCCUCUCAUGCUGUGCCAGCCUGGUCCUUUGACCAUACUACUGGUGCCUGGAUGAACAGAGGACUGGGAAUUAUGAAGAUGGAGGAGGGGAAGUUGUUUUGGACCUUCAUGGCCCCUCAUCUAGGCUACUGGAUAGCAGCACCCAUGCCUUCGAUCAAGGGUUACAUGGGACAUGCCACCCCUAUGGACUUCAUCUCCUACCAUAGCUCCUUGAUCGUGGCUGUGCUAGGAGGAACUCUUGUCCUCCUUGUUGGAGUUUUAGCAGUGAUGCUCUGUUGUCGUAGGGAACCUAAGACAAAGAGGAUCCACGCCACCAAAAUGGCGUCGUUGGAGAUGGACCAAACCACCACGACACAUGACAACCAACUCUGCGAAGUGUCCUCUCAAGACUCCACCCACUCUGAAGACGUAUCCCACCAAUUAUUAACGAGGAGGGGCGAUGGCAAAUUGGAUGAUUCAGCCACUUCCAAGUACAAUGACGACUUCAACUUUUACAUUGAGGGUACAGAUCUUAUUGGUCCAGAGUCCUCCAGGCCUUUGCAGCAGGCCCUUCUUGUCAACUGCAGUGACAUUAUGUGGACACGGGGCAUUUCUGAGGGGAUAAAUCUACCUCUCUCUCUCAAUGAGAGCUUGUUCCUCCAGGACAGACUGCUCCACUUCCACAACCAACCUGUGGCUAUCCGCCAUGCUCCGGGGCUUUGGAGCUCACCAGAGCAGCCCUCUCCGGGAUGCAGGUCUGCCACCCUGCCCCGAACAGGUGGAAUGUACGACCUUGGGCAAGGACAAACUGUGGGCAUGGACAACCUCACACAGACUUUACCCAAGGCCCCUCUGGCCACUCUGGAGCGCUCCCAGGGGCACGGCAGGGAGGGGACUUCACAGGGACAGGGAGGGCUUCACGGGGACAUCUCCACCUUCAAGCCAGAGUCCUGGAGCCGCUACUACAGCAGCCUCCCAGAGUCCGUCUCAGUCCCCAGCACGCUGAAUGAGGCCAGAGGAAGAGGUGGCCACCGCCCUGGGGGUGGGCGUCCCUUUUCCAGUGAGCUCCAGGAAGCAGACCAGAAUUUAGAGCAGACCCCCUCAGAGCUCAUCAGGGCCAGGCCCUCUCCUCUCGCCCCGCGGGCAUGGUUUGUAUCCCUGGAGGGUAAACCAGCCGCAGAGAUCUGCCGCAACUCUUCCUCCGUCACGGACUCCAAGAGAAAACGCAGGGUGGCAGGGGACAGCCGUGACACCAGUCUUGACUCUGGAGUGGAUAUGAGCGAGCCCAACAACCAGCCAACUGUUGGGAAUAGGCAGACGAUGCUGGAUCGUAGUGGCACCUUUGUCAAGAGAGCCACGCUCCAUAUUAAGCCCCCCCUUCUCAUCUCUGGUGAGGAAUUGAACAAGGAGUGCAGCGGGAAAGGCGCCAUGGGGGGCCAGACCCCAAAUGAUGACGCCACCCAGGGGACCAACCAUGGUGCUAGCGGAACUAGUACCAACGUCUUACAGGAGAGAGGGGAGGGGCCGAGUGCUUGCCCAGAGAGACACUGAGUUCAGGGCUAUAUUCAGUUGUGGAAUGCUCAGAUAUAAAUAUACAACGUAGAAUAAACAUGUCCCUCUGACAUGAACAAUAAAUAUUCAUGUCAGUUCAAUUCAUGACAUUUCUAUCUGCAGCGCUCCACAACGUUUGCCUACUGAGUGUGACCUUGGGCCACCUCACCCCCAGGAAACCAUGAUAAGGACAAUGACAAGAACCUGGCAUCACAUGGAGGAAAAGCCACUCACAAAGCUGAACUAGGAGCAUGAGCUGAAGUUGUGUAGGGGAAUAGUCAUAGACAUCAAAUUGCACUGACUGUCAAUACAUGUUAUGACAAUGCCUAAAGGUGGUGUUGUACAAUCUCUUGUAUUCAUCUGUCGAAUGCAAACCCGGUGAAACUUAAAGGAAUCUUAGUUUCACUUCACCUGUGCCAUUUCUUACUCAUAACAUAGAAUGCAUUUGUGUAGGCUGCACCUUUACAAGCCCGCCAUGCAUGUCUUCACUUAAGUUUCAUUGUGAAUCUGCCUGUCUGUGAUUGACUAUACUUACAUGAAGUCUGUUACAUUCCAGGAAGUAAGCACACAUUUGCCUCAGCAACAUUUGAACUUGUCAGUACAAAAAGUUGUAAGGUCUCUAGAUUUACGUUCACUGCCAGAUUCUGCUCUGUUAGACAUCCCGUCCUGUGGUAAAUGAUAUCUUCCUGUCCUGUAGCCUUUGAACUGUAUGUUGGGUGAGAUGGCUGCUCCCGCUCUGUUGAAAACCAGCUGUUGUUCAUCUAGUUCACGGGACUCUAGACUCUCAUUCCACCUCUGCCACUUAAAUGUAACUGCUUGUACUUGCUGGUACUUCACCACAGUCAUGGUUUUAUCAACUAAAGUCUAUUAUUCUUGUCGUCCCUAGAUUUUGUACAAUUUAUAAUUUAUAAUUUA